AAAACGCAGGUGCCUUUGACCAUAUUACGACUUGGAACUUGGAAGCUUCGGAAAGGUCAAGGUGGCCCUUUCUCCUCCUCCAUCCUUGGCAACAACAAUAAUAACAAGCCCUAAUCCUUUUUCUUCUUCUUGUACUUCCCAAAGCAAUAGCUACCACUGUACUCAUCCACUAACUGCAAUUGGAAACCACCCACUUCACACUCAAUUCAAAUUUCAAGGUUUCGCAUUCUCAUCGCUCGGUUCGUUUUCCCUUUUUUUUUCCCACUUUAGUGUUGUUGGGUGCUCUGAGUUUUCGAUUCUUGAUCAACAAUUUCGCGCAUUCAGCAGUGAUAAGUUGGGGAAGCAUUAUGCCAGCAGUGCGGUAUUUUUCUCCUGAAGAAACCAUAGAGCAAAAGUUACAAAUUGAAAGGAGGCUUGGUAGUGUGAAAACGUGCAAGUACUUUAAUCUUCUGGAGAGAUUUCUGAGUUUCAAAAUAAGCAAACGUGAGUUUGAUAGGAUCUGCAUAGCAACUAUUGGGAGAGAAAAUGUCCCUCUUCAUAAUCAUUUUCUCAAGUCAAUCUUGAGAAAAGCAUGUCUCUCCAAGACAGCCGGACCAAGAGAAAGCAAAUUAGAAAGUUCUUGGAAUGUGAAAACGCCAAAUGGAUGUAGCAACCUUCAGAUGCUGUGCAAGGAUUUUCCUCAAUCUCCUCGAAAAGGCAGGACUCCAAAUUUACGUGAUCGGAAAUCCAGGGACCGUCCCUGCCCUUUUGGUCCUCAUGGGAAGAACAACAGCAUUGGAUUUGAGGAUUCAAUCCCAAAAAUUCAUGAGCAGCAAAGUAUUGUCAAUCUGCAAUCUGCAGGUAGUAGACUUGCUCUCUCUGUGGAAGAUGGGGAGGAGAUUGAUCAGGAUUAUGAAAUCCUGAACCUUUUCAAAAAGAGUCCCAUUCAAGCACCUCUUGCUAUUCCCACUUACAAUAGAAGACCACCGCAAAAACAUUUAUCCCAAGGAUUAUCAUCUGGUACUGUAAGUGAUACCUGUCAAAGCAUUGCUCAGCUACCUGAUACAUGUUCUUUGAUGAAAAGGUUGGAGCAGAAAUUGGAAAUAGAAGGACUUAAGAUCUCAACGGAUGCUGCCAGCUUGUUAAACAAUGCACUUGAUGUUUACCUCAAAAGAUUGAUAAAGCCCUGUUUGGAUUUAGCUGCUUCAAAGUUGGUAAAUAAGUUCAGUGGUCCAAUACAACCUGGUCUGAAUGAACUACCAAUGAGACGAUGUGUGCAAAAGUCAAUUGGAUCUCCUUCUGUAUCUAUAUCUGACUUUAGAACAGCAGUAGAGUUGAAUCCUACUAUAUUAGGGGAAGAUUGGUCACUAAAUUUGGAGAAGGUUUGUCUACAUGCAUUAGAAGACUGAACCCAGACAGGUUCAACACUGUAUUGAUGCCAGCUAUAAAAUUGAAUUUUCCUCAAAGUAAUGAUAUUGGAUAGGUAAGUCAUCCCUGAAUCCAAUAUUGAUUUUUCACUCAACAUUGCUGACAUACGUAAAUGGAAAUAUGAGAAGUUUUGAUCUGCUGAUUGCAAUCUGUAUAGGUUUCAGUGCUGACAAAUUUGGUUUGGGACAUAUUAAAUUAUAAAAUUAUUAGAUGCCAUAAGAAUAAAGUUUAGUUAAUAGAUAGGAUCUCUUCUUGAUAUAGGUAGGUUAUUUCUUCAUUGAAUUAAGAUUUUUUUUCUUUUUUUUGUAAAGCUCAUGUUCAGUUUUCCAUUACAAACAUUCUGUUUUGUUCUGAGUAUCAUUAGUUUGCAUAUCAUCAGUGUGCAUGUAGGAAAUUAUAGCAUCUUAAUUGUUUGCUUGUAUAAAGGUCAAGCAUGAAAAAGUCAUCCUUCUAAGUUGUUUCAAAUAAUGCAAAUUGGUCUUGAUAUGCGUAAACACAGUACAUUAAUUACUUCUCUUUGUUUGCUUUCUGCAUUUUUUAGAGGUCCAAGCAGUAGACAAUGAAAAUAAAGAAUGAAAGGUCCCACAAAAACAAGCAACUUUGUUUUCAAAUAAUGCAUAUUUAAACCAUAACUAUAUUUUAAAAUUUUACAUGUGUUGCGUUGGGAUCUAAAUAUGUGUAUCAUCUUUGUAAUAGUUGUGUUUUUAAGUUUUGAUCAUAAUAAAAUUUACUAGUAAUACAACAGUUGGUAGAAGUGGUGUGAUUGUUAUUGUCAUGGAUUGAAUUUCUUGCAACAAACCCAAGUAGUACAUAUGUGCCCUUUCUGUUGUGUAUAAAAGACAGGAACUAGCUUUGAUCCGGAAUCCAAUUAGUUGGUUCGGGUCUUCUAACCUGUCAAUUAAUUGGUUAUUCUUGGAUGUGUCUAUUUCCUAUCUAGGUCUCCAUUGAAACUAGAUUUAACAAUAUAGUCAUUUAUUGCAUUGUAUUUUUGUAGUAGGUGCAUGAUGUUCAUGAUCAGACAUCUAUUUGAAAUUGUAAGUGCAAUCUUAAUUUAGAAUAUUAAAGGUUAAUGAAAUAUUGGUACUCUUUCUUGUUAGAUAGAUGAAGCAGCUUGUGCACAUGGGUAAUUGGCAAAGUACAUUAACUGCAAUCUUAUGUGUAUACAAUUAAGUUUUUUAAUAAAUAAAUAAUUUCUAAUAUAUAAAUUAUAUUAUAAUUAAAUUCUUAAAUAAAUAUCUUUGAAUAUAUAAAUAAUAUUUUAAAUUUACAACGAAUAGUUUAAAUUGUGAUAUAAGAUUAUUUUUAAUUAUUGAUAAUUUUCUCUUAAAAAAAACUAUAGAAAUUCAAUUCAGAAAUAGAGAUAAAAGAGGCUAGAGUGAAAGAGAUAGGUGGUUAAGAAGAUCAAAUAUACAAGUAAAAGAUAAAAAGAUGGAAGUUUGAGAUGGUUGAGAGACUUUUUGACUAGUUGCUGAGAUAUAGCUUGUGAAGUGCUUAUUCGAAAGAGAAUCGAAUGUGUAUUCUAAUAUUGUGAAUAUUUAUUCGAAAGAUGGAAGUUUGGGAGACUUUUUAACUAGUUGGAGCGAGAGUAUGUAUUCUAAUCUUUGAUAUGAGUAAAUUAGAUGGUUUCUAUCUUGUUUCUCAUAUUUGUUGUUUUAACUUUUAAGAGUAUGUAAUGUACCAUAUAUAUGUGAUUCCAAUAGUCUUUGCAAGUUCUUGACUUGACACAUUGAGUUUUGGCUUGUGAUGGAGAAUUUGACAGUGUAUAUAGCUUAAGUUCUUUUCACAUGCCAUAACAUUUGUGAUUCCAUGAGUCUCUGUAACAGUACUCAACAUCACAUGUGAUGGAGAAUUUGGCAUUUAAAUGAGCAGAAUAUAGGUGUGUAUCCUAAGGCCGUACCCGAAGAAUUAACGGAGUAUUCUCUUUGGAAGAUAUAUUUGGAGACUAGUGAGUUUUUCUUGACUACAAUUCGCUCACCACUUGUGUCUAUUACCUAGUUGCAUAGUGGAUCUUUUAACAAUUUUCCUUGGAGCAUGUUGGCAGAUUUUGUUGAGGAGAUUUAUUUUUGGACAUGGUUUUUCAGCAUCUUCCCUUUAAGUUUGUGUAUUUGUCUUGGUACUCAUAUUGUGGCAUCUUAAAUGAUCUUUGUUGAAUAGUCUCAACUUAUAUGAAUCUGCAAAGGGAGCAUGCAAAUGGAGCUUGCCAUUGUACAUAUAUAAGGUGAACAAACCAGAUUGGUAUGCAGAUGAUUUGUUUAGACUACCCUCACCUCACCUACCCAGGUUGGCUUAACUAAUGAAGGGAUUUUAGACAAAGCUCUACACAUCCGAAAUGCAUGAGUUUGAAUUUCAAUUUACCCUUGACCCAAUUUCAAUUUAUUUCCUUAGGAUUUCCUGGGGUUGAUAGACAUAAUGAUUGAUGAGCCUUUGUGGCUUGAUUGUUAAAAUAUAUACUUAAUAAACCAAGAAAGAGCAUAGUCACCGGUUUAUCAUUUUUUAUUAUUUGAUAUUUUGGCUUAAAAGGAGUCAAUACUUUUUUGGCCUUGAAAAUAUCAUUUGUUUUGAUGUUGCCCUUGUGUUUGUUCUCUACCCCACUUUGAAUUUUA